AUGGAUUCCACAUCGAAAGAACCCCCAAAACAAAAGUAUCUUCCCCUUCGGGAGUUGACCCUCAACUCGAGACCCUUGGUCAAGCGAGCCAUUCAGUUCUCAUGCGAUGGCGACCUAGCUGUUGCUGCUGACGACUCGGUCCAUGUCUUUGUUCCCGAGUUUCCAGAUCUCACCAGACGCAGGAAGAGGAUCGCAGAGGGAGGUGACCCGGAGUCUUCGGAUGAAGAGGAAACCAAUGAACAGAAAGGCAAGUACAACCCAGAGACGUUUAGGACGCAAUACUCUGAGGGUAGCAAACACAUGCCCGUCUCUUUUCCGCCACUCGACCCGCGGAUCAACAAGGAGCUCUACGAUGCUGAAGGGAUGCCUUUUCCUUACGACAAGACUUCUGCCCCGCCCAAGCCUCAGGGUGUGGAGAAGGACACAAAUGGUCAAGAGGAUGGCCGAGAUGCCGGAGAUGGUGAUCAGGCCGACGGUGUCGAGGGGGACGACGAUGACGACUGGGAAGAUGACUCGGACGAUAGCAGUGUUGACGAUGACCCAGCUGGCGGUGGUGCCAGACUCGGCUCCAAUCAGCCAUACGGCGCGGGCUCUGGCCCGAUCACCAGUGUUGGCAGCAGCAUGAACCACGUCGUCAAGAUCAGCUGGUCGCCGUCCGAGCUCGGGGUCAACAGACGCCCGAUCCUCGGCAUUCUCACCGGAGCUGGGACGCUCGCCAUGUACGGCGACGGUGACAUGGCCGCGAACGUGCUCGGAAGCGCCAACGGGUACAUGCUGCAGCGCCGUGAGCUCGCGUCCUGGCUGGUUCUUUGGGGCGUGGGCGAGCGGAUGAUGGUGCCCGGCCAGUCGCCCGCCUACAGCGAGUACAUCCGUACGUUCGCCUGGGCGCAGGAAAUUGGCCCUGGCCAGGCACUGCUGGCCACGCUGAACGAUGCCAAGGAGAUCGCCAUCAUCAGCGUACAGACAGUCGUGUAUGUGGAAGAGGUUUCGGAGAAGGGAAGGGCGGUGGGUGGCCCUGCCGAGAAGACGGUCUGGCAUGUCCGUGAGCUUGUACGCUUCAAGGCGGAGGGGCCCCAUCUGCCUGUUUCGACCAUGGAUCCAGACUAUGUCCCUUGCGGCACCUCCUUUGGUCUGAGCUUUGGUCCCUGGCUUGAGGAUGAUGGUGGACGUACGUGUGUCCUUGGAUAUCUCGACCGGAACUACGUCGGCUUCCGCAAACUUCGCAUCGACAAACCGUGGACCAGAGGCCAGUUGCCCAAGCUUCAGGUUGAGAACAAGGACACCCACGGCCAAUGUGUUCAUCUGACCACGGACGGGUUUAUUGAGUUUGAGCAAGGGGUAAGCCGCUGCCGAGACGGUCUGCGUCGAUGUCUCUCGGUACUGACGCCGUAUAGAUCUUUCACAAGGUCUUGUUAUGCAGAUAUGGUUGUCCACCCCCCGCCUGACCCGGCCAGACCAACUCCGACCCCUCUGUACACCUUGGUUCGCUUGUCUGCCACGCCUACCACGCCGAACUGGUAUGAGACCAACGUCCCUUCUGCUCUCGCCGCGGACCCCAGCAGUCCUUACUUUCAGUGGGCUCGCUCAAUCCAACAAAAGCUGGAGGUAUUGGUCCCAGCCGACAUGUACCAGAAGCGUGCCUACGGUGCCGACGACAGCGAUUCGGAUGAGGAGUCUGACGACGGCGUUCUCAUGGAAGAUACCCUUGAGGAUGACGAAGGCGUUAAUUACACGGGAGAAGGACUCACGGCUAUCGACCUCACCACGGAUGCUAAUGUCGCCAGGGAGGUCAAGGUUGUCCCCGAGGUCCACCCUCAUCGGUUCCGUUUCCAUGGUCUUACCUUGUCUGCUGGCGGCGGCGCCUCUGCUGUCUUGGUUUCUGCCCACAGCACGCAGCAUCCCGAGCGAGGCGGUUGGCACACGCAGCGCUCGCAGGUCUUGUUCAGCUACAAACCUCGUCGCGCCUCGGGCCGUUCCCUGAGUAUGUACAUGGACGACGACAACCUGAACUUUUCCUUGGUGAGUUCCAUGAGCACCGAAGGGAAACUGUUUGAGUAUCUCUACGGCGGCGGCCCCGACGUGCCAGGCGUGCACUACCCGCUGUCGUCGGAUCCCCGACACGCGCAUGUUGCUCAGAUCUUUGCUCCUGUGGUUCGGAACCAAAAGUGCGAGGUUUGCGGGGCGGCCGUCACGCAAAGCAUGAGGAAGGAGGACCUGGUUGGGUGUGAGAAGGGGCAUUUCUUUGGCAUUUGUGCUCUGAGCGGGCUGGCUGUGCAGAAGCCGGGUAUGACGCGGAGCUGCGGGACAUGCGGGUUCAAGACCAUGAGGCCGGAGAUUUUGCUGCAAAAGGUUCCCGAGGAUAUCAAGGAGGAGGUCAAGGGGGUUAUUGGACGGGGGAGCUGCAUGGCUUGCUCGGGCAAGUUUCUCAACUAG